AUGACCCACGUGAUCGACUUUGCGAUUGCUGUCAGGGAGAAAGCAAUGACGUGGCAGGUGCGUAGAGGCACCCCCUUGCGCUUUGAGCAAGUGACUAAUGGUGCUAUCGUGACGAAGCAUGUCAUCUCGAUACCAAUUGACACCAAUAGGCAGCCGCUGCUAGCAAACGCAAGCGACCAAAGCGACAUGGUCGAAGUGGCUCUUCCUGGUUAUAGCAAAUGCCAAAAUUCACGAGAAGCUUUGGUCCUGGAUGACGGGUUAGCUGCAUGGCCUUCAGGUGCUGGAGAUGAAGGAACUGAGCCAAUCAGCUCGCUGUCAAUUCCCGUGCCGAAAUAUUGGAGAAAUUGCUCAGCCAGAUUGGGUGGUCCUUACGCAGCCUUCGACAUGCAAGAUGGAUGA